AUGGGCCCAAAUCCUACCGUACCCGAAGAAGGUGGUCCCACCGAUCCGCAAAGUUGGGACGUAGCCGACAUGCCCUCCGAAUGGUACCCCCCUCCUCCUCGUCAAAUUCGCCUUCCUCGUCCUCGUGAGCUUGUUGUCGUUGUUCCCUUUAUCUUCACAGGCGAAAUCCGCAUGACGCCUUGGGGCCUCCAGGGGCGUUACCAACGUGGCGAGGAGCGCUUCUGGCACCCCAAAGUGGGUGACCGAGAAGAUACGACCGAUAUCGGUGUUAUUCGGGGCCAAGUUCUUGGCCGAUGGUUGCGAGACUGGGAUAAGUUUAACGAAAACCAGUCACCUAGGUCUGACAGCGAUAGACAUCUCAGGAGGAUGUCAAUGUCAAUUGGUGGCUACUCACAUCCCCUCUCUGAAUAUCCUCCAGGACGCGGGCAUAUUCUUUGCGAUCUGGACUGGGACAUGGCAGAAAGAGCUGACAGCGACGGCACAAGCGGGCACUCUGUGAUCUCGAGCCCAAAGACACAACAUAAAUCUAGUCCUUAUCGUUUUGACCAGCUGCCUGCUGAAGUGUGGAAGAUGAUCGUGGCGUUCCUUGUACCUGUCGGCUGUGCCUACUGCUUUAUCACGUUUGACUACCUCCUCUACCCGUCUGCCGAAGGAAAUGACCUUGCCGGAGCCAGAUUCUGCUCUCUUGUCCAACUGAUGAUUCCUGUCUGGCCCACAGCAAGAUCAUCGGACUUCUUCAGCCCCGCUCCUCCAGUCGUGCGAGGCUCCGCGCACAUGGCAGUUGCAAACACCAACCGAUUCUUUCAAGACCUAGUCUACGAGCGGUUCUUCGGCGGAAACUCGUUCAUCUUACAUCAGACCACGUCGCGAAUCCUCUUCAGCUGGACUAGGUCGGAGGAUUUCAAUCGAUGGCAAUCAUGGUCUCGCAUCAUUACCCACUCCGAGCCGGAUGAUGAACCGGGCAAGGCCCCUUUCGGGCUCCUUGGACCUCUCGGCCCCCGCGCAGCAAAAUAUUUGAGAAAAGGUCCGCCUGGUUAUUGCCUCUCCUCCCACCGAAAAUGGCGACGUCGAGGCAAUGACCAAGCGCGCCGAUAUGGUUGA